UGGUAUUGCAACACUUAAACAAAAAUCAGACAUGGCGCGGGUACACAGAAUUCCGGAUUUUUUUCACUUUUUCAUUUAUUUCUCAAUAUUUUCAUGUUGUUUACUUAAUUUGGCUAGUGCAAACAGGGAGCUAGAUGAAAGUAAUUGGAGGGACAUACUCGAAGGGGAAUGGAUGGUAGAAUUCUACGCGCCAUGGUGUCCCGCCUGCUCCGCCCUAGCCCCCACAUGGCGGGAACUGUCCGCCCGCGCGGGGAAACAGUCCCUAGCCAUGCGCGCCGCCUCCGUAGAUGUCACCAAGUCGCCCGGCCUCAGCGGGCGGUUUGUGGUCACAGCGCUGCCCACUAUAUUCCAUGUGAUUGACGGUGAAUUCCGCCAAUACAAGGGACCUCGCGACGUAGACUCGAUGCUGAGCUUUGUUCAGCAGAAGCGGUGGCAGCAGACUGAGCCUGUUCCCUCCUGGAAGGGCCCCGACUCGCUUCAAAUGGGACUUGUAGCUCAGUUCUUCAAGCUCUCUCAGGCUCUGCGGAGUGUGCACAACAUGCUGAUGGAGACUUACGGGCUACCGACGUGGGGCUCGUACCUGAUCUUUGCUGUCGCCACUAUUUUCAUCGGAGCACUGCUCGGAUUGGUGCUGGUGUGCCUCAUCGACGUGCUGUACCCGCCGCGCCGCAAGGACUUCGUGCCCGCCGCGCACGCCGGCGCCCGCGGCGACGCCGGGAACAAGUCCGACGACGAACAGGAGGAAUUGAUAAACGAAGAUAUUGUGGACGACGCGCCCUCUGGUGCUGACAGCGAUGCUGAGAAGAACUCACCCAGCGACAGUUCCGAGGAAGAGUCAGUCGGCGCGGCGGCCGGCGGCGACGCGCGCGCGCCCGAGGUGCGCAAGCGCAGACCGCGCAAGGCCGACUGAGCACGCACACACACACACACUACGAGACUAGUCUCGUGCACACACUACUACAUGUCCAACACAAUACGGAUAGGGACUAUUCAAAAGUAGUGUUGUGAUGAUCAUCUCUAACAUAACCCAAUUAGUAAUUAAGGGCCAGUUGUAUCAACCACAUUUAGCAGACACAUCAUCGUCACGCAGCAGACGUCUAUGGAACUUUCCAUACAAUAAAAUUUAACGAACGCUUUAACGGUGACAGGUGGUUCGAUGCAACCGGCCCUUAGUGUUGCGAGCUAGGCCGGAAUCGGCUCGUAAAGGGUAGACUCGUCACCGGCUGAAUUAUUAUUCAUAAAAUUUGGCCACACACUCACACAAUUUCACGAGAAUCGGUUGAGAUUUGCGACUUGUAGAGCAAGAAUUACGCUAGUUAAACUGUAGACCUACGCUAAGACUUCAAUCAAGAAGUGUGUUUUUAAGAAACUCACAACACUUAACUGACAGCCUGGUGGCUUAUUUAACAGAUUAAACGGCUACCUUUAAAACUAUCCCAGGCUAAAAGUGGAUUAAUAUUGCAUUUUGUUAAAAUCUAAGAAUAAAAGUCACCAAUAUCUAAAUGUACUAAAGAACUUAGUAUAAUCUUAACAAUGGGCUAGUCACAGCCUCUAAAAUUGAGCAAAUUUGUCCUAAUAACUUUCGGGGACUGAUUAAAAUGGCAUUCAAUAUGUUUUUCUUAUGAAAAACUUUUCCCUUUACUAGUUUUGCAUUAUAUACCAUAUAAGCCAAUUAGUUUAAAAUAUACACUACACCGUUAAUAAUGUCACUACAGUUUUAUUACUAGAUUUUAAAACAGUAUCUGGCUUAAACUAAAACUUAUGACUUGCUACAUUUAUUUGCACGUAUAAAUACUAAUAACAGUAUCUAAAAUUACCUCGAUUUAAACUUAUUUACUACCAGUAAUAAAUACACAUUUCAAGUAAUAGCUAAUAUUCCUAACAAUAUAAAUCUUAGAACAAAAACCUAAAAACUAAGGAACAGGUAAUAUCUGAUAUCAGCACAAAGUCAUUUGUGUAGUUUGUAAUAUUUGCAUUUACGUUUGUAUCAAACAUUAUCAUCAAUUUGAUUCUGGUUGCACUAACUACUAAACUACCCUGAGAUACAACUACCCUGGUAUUGAUCUCAUACAAAAAGUGUACACCAAUACUAAAAUUGGUUUUAGUGACUAGUUAUUUGGGCCAUUUUUUGCAAAGUUGUCCACCCCACUUGUUUUUUAGAUUUGGAUUUUUUUAUGUGUUUUCCACUAAGAAUCCCGAGCUCUUUCAAUCCUAAUAGGAGAAAAAAAGUGUCCCAAGG